UUCUGAUCUAAGCCGAAAUCCCACCCUAGCUCUUCUCUCUCGGUUUCUCUGAGCGUCUCGCAUCAUGGCGGGUCGACCCAACGGGCUGGCUGCAGGGAACAAAAUCUGCCAGUUCAAGCUGGUUCUGCUGGGAGAGUCGGCGGUGGGGAAGUCCAGUCUGGUGCUUCGCUUCGUGAAGGGCCAGUUUCACGAGUAUCAGGAGAGCACCAUCGGAGCGGCGUUCCUCACACAGACGGUCUGCCUGGACGACACGACGGUAAAGUUCGAGAUUUGGGACACGGCCGGACAGGAGCGCUAUCACAGCCUGGCCCCCAUGUACUACAGAGGAGCGCAGGCCGCCAUCAUCGUCUACGACAUCACUAACACGGACACGUUCGCUCGAGCAAAGAACUGGGUGAAGGAGCUUCAGAAGCAGGCCAGCCCCAACAUCGUCAUCGCCCUGUCCGGGAACAAGGCCGACCUGGCCAACAAGAGAGCCGUCGACUUCCAGGAAGCGCAAGCGUACGCUGAUGAGAACGGGCUGCUCUUCAUGGAGACCUCGGCCAAGACCGCCAUGAACGUCAACGAGAUCUUCAUGGCCAUCGCGAAGAAGCUCCCCAAGAACGAGUCUCAGAGUGCAGUAGGUGGAGCGAGCGGGCGUGGCCGAACAGGCGUCGACCUCCAAGACUCCGCCCCCCAGACCUCAGGCAGCAAAUGCUGCAACUGACCAGCUGAUGGAUUCCCGGAUGGGACGGUCAGUAACGAAGGGUCCAAACAUGAAAACAAACGGACAGAAGCUGAACGAAUCGCACAUGGCGAGAUGAUUCCUUCAGAGAUGGUUUUAUUUUAUCUGGUUUAUCAUAAGCUAACGUUUCCUCUCUCUGGUCUUAAUCAUUUAACUGGUUUUAAUGGAAAUACUAACACGAUUCGUCUUUCAUUUCUCCUUUUAACAUCGACGAUAACAGUUUCGGUUUGGGUGGUGGGUGCAUGUAGCAAACCCCCCCCCCCCUUUAUUCCAGAUGGAUAAUAACUGGGUCGUUACUUUGUGUUACUCACCGAUCCUCCUGACGGGCGGGGCUCGGGUUCGAAUCUCACGCUUCCCGAAAUCAUUUUGUAAACGAGCGGGUGGAGUAUUGUUUUUAAUCCCAGCAGCUCUGUGCGGACAUCGUGGCAUUAUCGGGGUUCAACAGCGUGUGUGUGUGUGUGUGUGUGUGUGUGUGUGUGUGUGUGUGUGUGUGUGUGUGUGUGUGUGUGUGUGUGUGUGUGUGUGUGUGUGUGUGUGUGUGUGUGUGUGUGUGUGUGUGUGUGUGUGUGUGUGAUGUGCGGUCAGCAUUAGCUCUGAUAUCUAAUAAAAAAGAAGCAUUUUUAUCAUUGUGGUUUUUCCAGACUGUAAGAUACUGAGGUGAUAAAGGAGGGAAUAAAUAAAACUGGGAAGGUGGA